AUGGCGAUAGUGCGGAGACGAGCGAUUGCAGUGGCAGUAGCAAUGACUGUGGCAUUGACGUGGCUGCUUUACGACUACAAGAGGAUCGCUAUCGAUGCGGUCGAUUUGGAUUUGUUGCUGCUAAGGGGAACACACGACGCAUACGACGCAUACGACGCAUACGAAGCAAACGACACACACACACCAAAUCUCAAAUCAACGCGCAAGAAAAUCCGCCGACCAAUACACACAAGCACCCACGACACACUCACCACAACAAUAUUCGACGAUAUUGAUGUGAAAGUCCCAAACGUCACAGACAGGCAGACGCUGCUAACGAUGGCUCGGCUAGCACAGAAUGCCUAUGUGACGCCAUCCGACGAAAGCUGGAUACCACCACCGAGUCCACUCACGACGGUGGAGUCCUUCGGGUGGCGUAACAGCGACGACGGGCUACGCGGGCACAUAUUCGCCUCAUCUGACAACAGCAGCGUAGUCGUGUCCAUCAAGGGCACAUCCGCGGGGUUGAUUGGGGGCGGAGGACCCUCUGCGAAGAAUGACAAGUUCAAUGAUAACCUCCUGUUCAGCUGCUGCUGUGCGCGCGUGAGCUGGACAUGGACGCCCGUGUGCGACUGCUACGCGGGAAGGUGGGCGUGUCGUGAGCAAUGUCUCGAGCGGGCAGUGCAAGCGGACAGUGUGUACUACCCGGACGCAACGCAGCUGCUCGACCGUAUCAGCUUUGCCUACCCGCAUGCCGAUAUCUGGUUGACGGGGCACAGUCUCGGCGGCGCCCUCGCUUCCAUGCUAGGGCUCACUUUUGGCCUUCCGGCUGUUACUUUCGAGACACCGGGCGAUAGGAUUCCCGCGCAACGCCUUCACCUCCCUUCUAUACCUCCCGAGUUGACGGCGGUGUGGCACGUCUAUCAUACUGCUGACCCCGUCGCGCAGGGCACGUGUAAUGGCUUACUCUCACCGUGCAACGCCGUAGGCUUCGCUCUUGAAACUCGCUGCCAUACGGGUAUGAGCAUUGUUUAUGAUACAGUGUCUAAACUCGGUUGGGCUGUCGAUCUUAGACAUCAUCGCAUCCUUACUGUUAUAAAAGAAAUUCUCGAGCAAGAAUGGGAGGACGACGAUGGCGUGGCUUAUGUCCCAAAGCCAACUUCGGAGGAAGAUUGCAUUGAUUGCUUCAAAUGGGAGUUUGGAGAGGUGGAAGAGGUGGAGUAG